AUGGAGUUGGGCUUUCCAGAUUCAUUUUCGACUUUGCUCGAUGAAGUCCCUAAAGAAACAUGGUAUGGUUCGGAUGCUUACAACUGGGAAGGCUUCUGGUAUAGGGCUCAUCACCUUUCUGCUGCCAUGGCUGCAAGAUCAAGCUUCCAAGCAAAUGAUUCCGAUGUAUUUUUGGCGUCUUCUAUGAAGACAAGCACCACAUGGCUCAAGGCUAUCAUCCCCACAAUCAUGAAUCCUUAUGAAGACGACCCUUUGCUCAACCACCAUCCUAAUGAGCUGAUGCCAUCUCUGAAAAUUCAGAUUUUCAAGGUAAACCGAAACCCUAAUCUCUCAGAUAUGCCUCCUCCCAGACUAUUUCGAACCCAUGUGCCUUACCCUAUGUUAUAUGAGUCUAUUAAAAGCUCUGCCUGCAAGAUUGUUUACAUUAGUCGAGACCCUAAGGACACGUUUACGUCGUGCUGUCACUUUAUGAACUCUGUGAUUGCUGAUAGAGGAAUAGAUCCAUGGCCAAUGGAUGAAGCUUUCGAGAGCUUUUGCAGAGGGAUUCAUGCUUUUGGGCCGUUCCAUGACCAUGUUUUGGGUUAUUGGAAAGAGAGUAUAAAGAGACCCGAGAAGAUACAUUUCAUGAGAUAUGAAGACAUGAAGAAUGAGCCCAAGGAGCAACUGAGGAAGCUGGCUUGUUUCCUCCAAAGGCCUUUCCACAAGGAAGAAGAGGUGGACAAAGUGUUGUGGAGAUGCAGCCUUGAAAGGCUUAAGAGCCUGGAGGUGAACCAACAUGGCGUCGACCCUUGGGUAGGCAUUAACUACAAGCAUUAUUUCAGGAGUGGCACUGUUGGGGACUGGAAGAACCAAUUCACUGAUGAGAUGAAAGAAAAGUUGGAUCGUAUUACAACCUUGAAAUUUUAGGGUUCUGGUCUGAGCUUCGGACAAU